AUGCCUCGCGACGCUGAUUUCCUCAGCCCCCGCGAUCUCCUCGUCGACGACCAUUUCUGCCUGACGCUGACCUCCUUCCGGAAGCUAGCGAAUAUCAUCAAGUCAACGGAGAAUCUGCCUCGAGAUGACGAGAGCCUGCGCCAGAAAACCGGCUUUUGGGAGAGCGGUUACCAGAUCCUCUACAUUUACCUGAACCCGAUCGCUCAGCAGUUCUUGACCGUUCAGCAAGUCGCUCUCGGCCUUAAUGAGGCCUACAACUACACAGGCACCAUCUGUGACAAUGCCUUGACCCUUUGCGCCAGUGCCCCGGACGACUACGAUAAAAUCUUCACGGACAUCGAAGCACUGCGCCAGGAUCCCGACAACGUGACCCUCCGCGACCGGGUACAGAAAGAGGUCCAGGACCGGCUCUACUGGGUGCAGAUCCUGCGCGACGGCGCCACCGGCUGGAGCGACGACCUCCGUUCCUACACCCUGCAGGCAGAGGACUGCGAGGCGGCCGUGCAGACCCUGGCCGCCCCGUUCCAGGGCUCCGCUCUGCGCGAUCGGUUGACCAGCGAGGACGACCAGGGGAGCCUCCAGGAUGACCUGGAUGCUUUGGGGAAUGUGCAGAGCUUGUUGGAGGGGUUCAGCAUGGUGGAGGAUAUGAGCGCUUCGCUGCAGGAGGUGGAGAAGAUGGCCGGAAGUGCGACCCUGAUCGCGGAUGACAUUCAAAACCUGGUUGACUAUAUCCAAAAGCACGCGGACCCGGACGACAACCCGCUUGGAGGGCUGGUGGAGCGCAAGUUACUCGACAAAUGGGCCACACUGCAGACGCACGUUACCGAUUUCAAGAAUGCAUAUCUGAAUUGA